AUUAGGUUAAAAGAAAUAGGUUGUGGUGAAAUAAAAAAAUAGGGUUGAUGUAUAAUUUUCAGAUUGAAUAAGAUAAUAUUUUUUCCUUUGGAGCCUCCACCCAAAUCACCACCAUCGUCCCAUUUCCCCACUCCUUUUUCCAGUUGCAACCAUUGGAAAACAACCAGCAAACCACCAGAUCUCCAGCCACACGAAGACCUAAUGGCAGGUUUAAAUCCACAACUAAACCUACCUGAAAUCGACAGUAAUAACGACAAGACAGCUCCACCAAUCCUCCCUCUCUCACAUUCCAAAAACCCGCGUGAAACCCCAUUUCACUUUUCCUCUUUCUCCAGCUGAAACAAUAACCAUCCAAACUAGACGACACAACCCCCAUUUCUUUUCUUUUCCAUCCAAAGCGCCUCCGUCCUCGCCAAUUUUUGUUGUCAUCUUCGGCAUACAGCGUUCCUCCAUUUUCUCAGACCACGAACCACCAGAUCAAAACCACAAUCUUCCCAGAACACCACAAACCAAACCAAAUACCCCUUUGUUUUUCACCCUUUUCCGUUGAAAAAACUCACUGGAAAUGACACUGAAACAACAAUUCCAAACAGGAACAUCAAAUCCAGUUGUAAAUCAGUCCCUAUCCCAUUUCUCCUUUAAGAGUUUCUCUUAUUUUGCAGGUAACUUCUUGUUAUUCUAAUGAGCUCAGACAGCGAACAACGAUUCCGGAGAGGAAACCACAAGCUCCUAAGAUUUAAAACCCAUUUCAAGAUCCACUCAAAAAUAGAAAUAUUUGGGACAAUUUCAGAUGAGAUAGAAGUGAAUGUGCCAUCAAAUGUAGCAUGGGAGCUCUAUGGAACAUUGCAUUUGUCUAGGUUCAUUGUGCAAGAGAUGCCUACUCUUCUUAACAAAGUUGAUGUGAUCGAAGGUGAUGGUAGUACUGCAACUGUCCUCAAAAUCAUUUUUCCUGAAGGUACACCAGGAAUACCUUAUUUCAAGGAGAGAUUCAACAUAGUAGACAAUGAAAAAAGAUACAAGCUAUCUCAAGUGAUUGAAGGUGGAUAUGUUGAUCUUGGAUAUAUUUUUUAUGGAAUUAGAUUUGAAGUGAAUGAAAAAGAUGAAAAUUCAUGCAUCACAAAAUUUACAGUAAAUUAUGAAGUUGAAGAGUGAAACUUGCAAGUCAUGCAUUCACUAUGUUUGAGCCAUUGCAAACUGUCAUCACAUCAGCCAAGACUUAUUUAACAAAUAAGACACAAAUCUAAUUGAUUAAGAUGAUCAAAUUUCUGUUUUUAUUUCUAUGAAAUUCAAUUGUACCUUUUUCAGACUUCACUUAUAAGAUUGUACUGAGUAUAUUGUUAUCGCAACAUCAUAUUCAACAACAUUUCACACAUAAUUAUGUGAUGCAAUAAAGUAUCUUCUUCUUAGUUUUA